CAGAAAGAGACUCUUACUGCGGAGAGACAUAAAAGAGGAGAUAACUCGUUACUAUACGCUAUACAGAGAAAAUGGCUGACGGAGUGGAGCCACCCCCUUUUGUAGACGACGAACUAAAAGAUGACGAUGACCUGUUUGCUGAUGCCAAGGAAAAGCCAUCAUCUCCUGACACAGAUGUAAGUGGAAGCAGUAUUCCAGCAAGGAAUAACACAGCACAGGCUAAACAAGAUAUUUUUGAUGAUGGAGCAGAGAUCAAACUGGAUUCUGAUGAUGAAGAUACACCAUCAUCUCCAGAAGAGCGGAGACAAAGUUCUGGUGAAUACACAAGUCUUUUUGACUCUGGUUCCUCCACAACAGCUUCGGUUUCCAAACAAGCAGAGGAGACUCCACAAAUUGCAGUAUCACAAAGUUCAACCUCCUCGUCAAGCAAGGCUUCUGGAACAGCCAGGAAUUCCAAAGAUGAGAUGGAUGAGGAAGAUGAAGAGCAGUAUGACAUAAAAAUUACAGUUACCGAACCUCAAAAGAUGGGUGAUGGAAUGUCAGCAUAUAUGGUGUACCGUGUGGUAACCAAGACUACUAACCCAGUUUUCCGCAAGUCUGAGAUGAGUGUUCCAAGACGAUUCAGUGACUUCCUUGGUCUUCAUGCCAAGCUAGCAGAGAAACACACUCCCCAGGGCAUUGUGGUCCCCCCUGCCCCAGAGAAAAGUGUGAUAGGUAUGACAAAAAUUAAGAUGUCAAAGGAGGAGUCAGGGUCUGCUGACUUUGUGGAGCGAAGAAGAGCUGCUUUGGAACGAUACUUGAAUCGCACAGCUGCACACCCUGUCCUUCUUGAUGAUCCAGACUUUCGUGAGUUCUUGGAAAAAGAUGCAGAACUACCUCGAGCAACAAGCACAUCUGCAUUGAGCGGUGCAGGAGUCUUGAGGCUUUUCCACAGAGUUGGCGACACACUUGAAAAGAUUGCUUUCAAAAUGGAUGAAAAUGAUGAGUGGUUUGAGGAAAAGCAGCAGGAGAUUGAAGCCCUGGACCAGCAGCUUCACAAGCUGCUUACAAGUGUUGAAGCACUUGUGGCUCACCGUCGUGAGCUUAGCAUGGCUACAGCAGCAUUUGCUAAAAGUGCAGCCAUGUUGGGAAACAUUGAAGAACACACAACACUCUCACGUGCUCUCUCCCAGCUGGCAGAGACAGAGGAGAAGAUAGAAGCUGUGCACCGGCAGCAAGUUGACACUGAUUUCUACGUUAUUGCUGAGUUACUUAAGGACUACAUUGCUCUCAUAGGUGCUGUGAAGGAGGUGUUCCACGAACGUGUGAAGUCAUACCGGAGCUGGAAGGAAGCUGAAACAAUGCUUGCUAAGAAACGAGAGGCCAAGACUAAGUUUGAACUGCAGCACAAAUCUGACAAAGUGGCCCAGGCUCAGGGGGAGAUUACUGAGUGGGAGGGCAAGGUUGACAAAGGGCAAGAAGAUUUUGAAAAGCUGUCCAAGACCAUUCGGCGAGAAGUGAUCAGGUUUGAAUCACAUCGUGUAACUGACUUCAAGGACAGUGUGGUACGCUAUCUUCAGGCGCUUAUGGAGAACCAGCAGAAGCUUAUCAAGUACUGGGAAGCCUUUUUGCCCGAGGCAAAAGCCAUUGCCUAAAGUUCUGCCAACAUCAUUAGCAACUCCAGCAACCUGGGUUGUGCUCUCUCAAGAGACAAAAAAAUGUGAUAGGGUGUGAAAGAUUUUUAUUUGGACACUUAAGAACUGUUCAUGUACAUUCCUCUCACAGGCACGCAUCUUUUUUUUUUUCACCCUGCGCUUAUGUGUCAAUAUUUUGCUAGUAAAAAGUACUGAAAAUAUCUUGUCAACUUGUUUUCAAAGCAGUUGCCCAUGUAGUACUGGAUGGUGGCUCUGGUUCCACCCAACCAUCUGGUACUUGGCUGCUGCCUGGAGUUCCUUCAGGCACUAGAAAUGAGUCCCAGGUCUCCCUAGAAAAUAUACACAUGCAUCAAACCAACAUACAGAAGAGACUUUUUACCUCAAUAUGAGCAUAGCAAUCGAUUUGGUGUUCACUAUCUUGUGCACUUAGCAAACCUGUAGGACUUGCAAAAAUAUGCCACAUCAUGUGUGCAAUAACGUGUAACCAAAGUUCUAAUGACCAAAAUUUGGACAUAACCAAAUAGCAGACAAUUGCAGAAACUCUUGCGAUGCUAAACUAUCAAGAAGUGAUAUCAUUUUUCUGUGAUCUUGCCGUUAGCUCUGCUUAAGUGGGGAAAAAAGUUAGCAUGCUAAGUGCAAUAACCAAAACAAAAUUGCAACUUGGCACAAGAAUCGCAGUAGCGUAUCAAGUGUAAGUCUAACACUCUGUUACAAACUGCUACAUUUUAUAUGCUUUAGGCACACCACACAUAGGCUUGUAUGUUUGUGCAAUAGAAAUUCUGCAUAUGCUUUGCACUGGCACUUUUACAAGGACUAAUGGCACUGCAUAUGAAAUGCUACAUGGUGCAUAUGAUCACAUUUAAAAUCCAUUUAUAUAAUGACACUGAAGGGCAAUGUCUUUUUUUCUUUAUUCUUUUGAUCUUUGCAUUAACAUGAAAUUAAACUAAGCAAAAAGAAGCAGCUGAAACAUGUUUCACUUGCCUGAUGGCUAACAGAGAAUGAAGGUUCAAGCAUGCCUGCUGGUAGAACUGCUCAAAGGGCACCAUAGAGCUGUUGUUGUAGUACAUCACUGAAAAAAAUGAUGAUGUUUAUACAAAGAGGACAAAGACGUUACUAGCAGUAAGCAAACUUACUUUUUGUUAGAACUGUCUCUGGUGUUAAAAGAUGUGAUGAAUCAGUUUAUAAAAAUACUAAAAUGCCUCA